AUGACUUUAACCCAAGAGGUGAAAGAUCUCCACUCUGAAAUUUAUGGGACAUUUGUGAAAAAAAUCAAAAAAGACACAAAUAAAUGGAAAGGCUGUGGGCUGUGGUCCAAGGCCAUUUUUGCUGGCUAUAAGUGGGGUCUACGGAACCAGAAGGAACACAAUGGUCUGCUGAAAAUUGAAGGUGUAUAUAUUCGAGAUGAAACUGAAUUCUGUCUAGGCAAGAGAUGUGUUUCUGUGUACAAAGCAAAGACCAACACGGUAACUCCUGGUGGAAAAACUAACAAAACCAGAGUAAUCUGGGGAAAGAUAACUCGAGCUCAUGGAAACAGUGGCAUGGUUAAUGCCAAAUUCCAAAGCAACCUUCCUGCUAAGGUCCAACCUUCCAUUGGACCCAGAAUCCAUGUGGUACUGUAUCCUUUGAGGAUUUAA